AUGCCUCUGUCUACCUUGUUGCAGGACCUAGUUGCCGAGGUCAGCGAAUUCACAGCAAAAGAUCUUCACCCCAAAGUAAGUGGCUUGGUUUCCGCCUUCCUCACAUAUCUCAAAGAGCCACGGUACCAAAACCCGUUGGCUUUGGGCGAGUUGCGAGAACUCUUCGAUGCGUUUUACGAGGACUUGGUUUCCCUUGUGUUUCAUAUCUACACCCAGCUGAACACGAAUAAAAGGCAACUUCUUCAAAGGUCGCACGUGUUCAAACUGGACCCAGUGUCCUUCGACUAUCUCAAUGCCAUAGCCAACUUCUCGUCGUCGUCAGUGAAAUUACUGAAGAGAUCGGAUGCAAAGGCUUUGUAUCAGCUUCGUGUGUUUGGCUUCUACAAGUUUCUCACGAUUGAGAGAACCAUUGAGCUUGCACUAUCAUCGUUAUAUUCUUCUCCCAGUUCCCCAGAUGCUACUAUUCUAUACGAGAAGGUCUUUCGCUUCGACCUGCAAGAUAUCGAAAUCCUGACUUUGUUGACACAAAAGAUCAGGAUCCUUCGGCAAUUGAACCUACCAACCGAAUGCUUCCUAGAUGGAGACAGCCAAAAGGAGUCUUCGGGUCUUCAGAAAUCGUUACUGCCCCUCGAAGCCAUGGAUAGCUCCCAUUUAGCAGAAAUCAAAGCAGCGUUCAUUGAGCUUUCCCAAGCUCAAACCCCAGCAUCGAAAUUAGACCACAUUGUUGGCGUUCAGAAGUUGAUCAUGCGACUAUGUGCUUCCUUCCACCAGAACAACUUCUCUAAAAUAAGCAACGAUGUCUUGCUUCCUGCAUUUAUCUAUUUCAUUGUCAAUCACUCCCCUCUUGAGGUUGAAGGGGAUCAACUCGACAUAUUUCUUCACUUCACGUUUGUCAAGAAUUUCUGGAAACCAUUAGACCCACAUUGCAUAAAUACCUCGCGAUUCACGCUCACUAGCUCUUUACAAGCGUAUAAUCCCAUGGACAAGCGAACUGCUUCAUCCAAGAACAUCCACAAUCGAACUUUGGCAGACUUGUUGAAUCUAGACAUUAAUUCGGUCGAUCAGAAUGGACAAGACUUGGAUAACGGCAUCGCAUCUGAAUUCUCGUCCGAUCAAACUUUGAUGAGUUUUAUCAACAAUAGGUAUUUAAAUUCGGGAGAAUUACAGUUUUACCUAACAAAUUUCGAAGCGAUACUCUAUUUCCUCAUGAGCACCCCGAUUGUUGGAAUUGCUCCGCAAGAUUUCGCAAUGCCGCCCGAGAUCUUGGAAAGUGAAUUCAUGGAUCUCUCUUUGCAUGACAUUAUUGGCAAGAAGAAUGUUACUAAAGACGAGCCCCCGAAUAUGGACGACCCCAAAAUCCUUCAAAAUCUUCUCGAUGAGGAGCUUGGUGAGGCAGACAGAUCGCGCUCGAGUUCUUUGUUCAAUACCAUUUCUAGCGCCGUCUCCCAAUCGGUCAAUCGAUCGAGAUCUAACUCUGGUGUGAAAACCGAUUACUUUCAGAGUAAAGAAAAAAGCUCUUCCGCAACCGAUUUUGAGACAUCUAUUAAGCAGUAUGUGGAUAGCAAUGAAGCUUACGGCCUUAGUCGCGUCCGAAACAUCUUCGAAAGAAUCGGUCUGGUUUCCCACGCGCAACUGAAAUCAAAUGAUACUGAUGCUGAAAGCCCGCAAGAAAUUGUUGACGUGGACCGGACCCCGGACGCAAAUCGAGGGAAACGAUCGCAUUCCCUUUUUGACAGGCUAUCUCCCGGCCUGAACCGAACCAGAUCAGGAUCACUUGAACACGUGUGGAAUUCACAGGGCACUUCUUUAAGAAGGGCCACAUUGACUAGUAAAUUUUCUAAUGGGAUGACAGAGCUCAUGACCAAGAUCAGUUCUGCUGCAAACAAUGCCACGGGAUCUUCGGCUAACAUGGCUCACAUUUCUCUGUCCUCAGUUCACUCAAUUGACGAUCCAUUCGAAGACUCGACUUUUUCCAAUAGGGAGCCGUUGGGACAGCGGUCUUCUAGCUUACAAACUAUGGAAAAAUGGUUUUGCAGUAUACCCGAGAACACUCCGGCUGAUAACUCUGCGAGCCAAAGGUCGAAGCGAAGCAUUUCAUCGAAUCGCUACACCGCGCUGGAAUCCAAUGACAACGAGGGCUCUUUGUUUAGCGCGUCGUAUGCCGAGCUCACAAAGUACCACUGCAAGGACUUUGAGUCAAUGACCAUCGGCGACUUGAAGACUUUGAAGACGUACUACGACCAGUUGUGUUCGGAGGUUCUUGCAGGCAAAUCGGGUCUGAAGACCAGCAACGAGUUUCUCCCAGACGACGCCAAGGACACGACAAGCAACAUGUCGUCACUCGAAGCGGAGACGCACAAGUGA